GUUUGCUCCGAACGCUCCGCAAGCAGAAGAGGGAGGGUCAACAUGGCGUCUGAACAGGAGAGCUCCAAUGGGCCAGUGAAGAAGUCCAUGCGAGAAAAAGCCAUAGAGCGCCGCACCAUCAACAAGGAGCACAACAGUAAUUUCAAAGCAGGCUAUGUACCCAUAGAAGAAGAGCGUCUGCAUAAGACAGGGCUAAGAGGACGCAAAGGAAACAUGGCUGUGUGCAUCAUCAUCCUCCUCUUCCUCCUCGCCUUAAUUAAUUUAAUUAUCACAUUGGUUAUAUGGACAGUGAUCCGCAUCGGUCCGAAUGGCUGCGACAGUAUGGAGUUCCAUGAGAGUGGCCUGCUGCGCUUCAAACAGAAAGCAGACAUGGGUAUCGUCCACCCGCUGCACAAGAGCACAGUAGGAGGCCGUAAAGACCAGGAUCUGGUCAUUGUUGGUAACAACAACCCGGUAGUCUUCCAGCAAGGCACUACAAAGCUGACCGUAGAAAAGGACAAGACCUCAAUCGUCAGUGAUGUCGGCAUAUCCUUCACAGACCCUCGGACCCAAACCACGUUCUUCAGCACUGACUUUGAAAACCACGAGUUUCAUUUGCCCAAAGGAGUCAAAGUCCUCAGCGUUAAAAAAGCUUCCACAGAAAGGAUCACCAGUAAUGCAGCAUCUGACCUGAACAUUAAAGGAGACUCUGCCAUCAUUCGCGGUAACGAAGGGGUCAACAUCAUGGGUCGGACAAUCGAGUUCAAAAUGGGUGGAAACAUUGAGCUCAGGGCUGAGAACAGCAUCGUGCUCAAUGGAUCGGUCAUGUUCAAUGCCACGCGUUUUCCUAACUCUGCGGGAGAUCUGUAUUUCAAUGAAGGUCAGGAGAGGUACAAGCUCUGCAUGUGUGAAGAUGGAACUCUGUUCCGUGUGCGGGUGAAGUUUACCAACAUGGGCUGCCAGACUUUAGAUAACCCAUGUAAGAAGGCUCACUAGGACUGGAAUCUGCUAUUGCAUCUCACUACAAUCAGUCCACACUGAAUUCAGAUAAACCACUUUCAAAUUUAUUUUUGAUAGUGUAGAGCUCUAGUAUACAGGACAUUCAUAAUGGCUUGGGCAUAAUAUCUCUGUGGGUCAUGUGUCAAAUUCUGUGUUUCUUAUUAUGUUUGCCACUUGGCCAAAGAUAAAAACUGUAGUAUUUUAUUUUUCUGCAGAUUUGCCAACUUGAGAUGAUAUCAGUCUAUGUUACUUCUAUAUAGUAGGACAUGAAACACUACAUGUACAAAAGCUAAUGUACACUAUGGAGCCCUACUCUCAAAAACUAGAUUUAACUCUCUCUGGGAGGCUGGAUUUAAGAAAUAAAUGUUUCAAGAUUACAUUUUUUGAAAAUGUUUAGCGCCAUCUGGUGCCAGUACAGAACAUGACAUCACCAGGGCAUUUCAUUAGUUUAUGUUAUUUAACUAAUCACAGAACCAGUAACUCAGGUGAUAAUAAGGACACUAAAACUAAAAAAAGCAGGGAUCAAAGGGGAUCACCUUUUCAUUGCCCCUGGCUGCAAUGAUGAAUUUUAUGUUAAAAAACCAAGGAAAUACUGUUCAAUUUCACUUUUUGUCUCUAAAGCAGUAACUGGUUCUUCGUUAAUUGGCUAGCUGCAUUGAAACAGGAAAAUCCACCUGUUAGCUGUAAUGUUUGGGUUCGUAAAUGAGCACUGUGUGGAGGAGAGCUUGUUUGAGUCAAGUGACAGGUUGUUUUACCAGACCAACAAGCUGGUGUUAGAAACUCAGAUUUUUUCCUCGUCUGGCCAGAUGUACCUAGCAGGCCACAACAUGCGAUCAAAUUCUUGCAAUAAAAUUUAUGUAAUCUGUUGUGUUGUAAACUGUUUGGAUGUGCGUAGGAAAAGAGACUAUUUUAUUGCAUAAAAUAGUGCUGAUUGCAUCUUGCAAACAUCUGUUUUGCCAGCUGAUUGUGCUUCUGGGUACACCCGGCCUACUGAGGAAAAGGUGCGGUAUCAGACAGCAGCGUGUCGGUCUGUGAACCACCUGUCACCUGACUCAAACAGGGUCUCCUCCACACAGUCCUCAUUUAUAAAGUGCUUUAUAAACCUUUGUAAAUGAAUGUUGGUCACCUACUGUGGCUAACAGGAGGAUUUUACUGUUUCAGUGCAGCUAGCCAAACAACAAGGGAACCACUUACUGCUUAAGAGACAGAAAGCGAAACUGAAUAUAGCCUUGGUUUUUUAAGAUAAAAUUUAUUGUUGCAGCCAGGGACAGCACAAAAGUGAUCCCCUUAGACUGCUUUUUAGUUUUAGUGUCCUUAUUCUCACCUAAGUUAUUGGUUACUAGUUAGCUAACAUAAGCUAAUGUAAGUCUAUUAGCUGCAAACCAACCCGGUGAUGUCGUGUUGUGUACUGGCACAAGAUGGCGCUAAACAAGAUCAAAAAAUGUUCUUCCUUAAAUCCACCUGCAAAGACAGAGUUAAAUCUAUGUCAGUUUUUGAGAUAGCGUAAAUUAGCCUUUAUACAUGUAGUGUUUCAUGUAUGCUUUAUUGGUAUUAUUAUCGUUUACACUCCCCCUUAGUAGUAAUGAGCAGAUACAAUAUUUAUUUUUUUGGCUUGCCGUCCAGUAUUAAUAAUAUAAAAACCCUAUAUGGGGUUUGUGUAAGAUCCCAUGUGCUGUUUCAUUAUUCCGGGCAGCUGCGUGAUAUUUUCUGUCAUAUUAGCUGACAUGUGGAAGACACUACACGACUGUAAUGAUGUAUGUAAAACUUGCAGGUAAUGCAAUGCACAGAGUUAAUGAUAAAAUGUUAUACAUGAUACAUUUUAAGCCAUCCAGUGAUGCUAAAGCAGAGUAGGUUUCUUUCUGCAUAUCUCGGGCUGUUUAUCAUGCACGUGCCAAUGGAUAUACAAGGGACUAUAUAUCAUUAGAUAUAUGUGUAAUAUUUUAAUUUUGUUGCAAAAGCUUUUUUAACAACAGAAGAAUACAAUAUUGAAAAAAAAAACAGUGUGCACUACAUUCUGCUACAGAUUAAUGCAAAUGUUGAGAAUUUUAGUUCAUCAGCUACUGUGGGUGCAACCUAUAUGGGGUGGUUUGAAUUUUGUGCAAUAUAAUAUAUAAUAUUUGACUUUGCUUUGGAUUGUCUUGUCUGUUGUUAACUGAUGUUAACGAUUACUGAUGUUAACAUCAAUAGUUGUUCUCAGAGCACAGACUUCAUGCCUGUCAUGAAAGAUCAGCUUAUUUGAUCGAAGAAAAACCGAAGAAAUAAAUAUUGCGACCAGCCUUAUUUGAAAAUUUGUCCAACGUUUCAUUGGUAUGUUUGUUUCAAUAAAGAAAUGUGUUGCUA